UAUUGGUUACGUAGCAACAGUUGAAUCAAAAAUACGAAACUCCGUUCGGUUUCUGCAAGUCUUUCGGAGCGGUCUGUAGUAGAGCGGCUGUAUAAAGUCCUAUUAUAUUGUGUAGAGAACAUUUAAGCGCAUUUUUUUUCGGCGGCUAAAGGGCCAGAAGCUGAGUCCCCUUGUGGAGGGUAAAAAGAUUCUCAGCAACAGAGCAGAAGUCAGUGCAAGAUGAAGGUCUCUGUAAAGCCGGGUGCCAUCACUGGCCCCUCCCAGUCUUCGCCUGCAGCCCAUCGGCAGUGCUACCGCAAAGCCGGAUCGGCGAACAUCUUCCGAGGGGUUGACCUACGGCAGCUCCAGCAGCUGUUCCACACAUCGGGCGACCGCGAUGCGGAGAGGCGUGCACGGCUUGUGUGGAGCCUCUGCGGCCGGCCAGAGCUGGCCAGUGAUCUCUGGGGGCUCCGGAUACGCAGCUGCAAGAGGAGGCUGAAGGUGGAGGAGUCACACUGUGCCGUGUCCAGGUGGCUUCAUGCAUUUGGUCACCUAAGGAUUGAUGAGAGGUCAGCAAGCAGGUCAGACGAAGAGGAGGAUGAGGAGAUGGGGCAGGCAGCCAGCUGUGGGGGUGCUACCAAUGAUGAGGGCACAUCAGAGACUGAAGGAAACUCAGGAUCAGAGCUGCUGGAGACUUCACUUUGGCACCAAGCUAGAACCACCAAUCAGGGCAGCAGCAGAACCCAAGACUGUUACCUUCACCUUAUCCUACCCUGAUUGGCUACCUGGUACCAUUUUUUUCUCUCUUCAGUACAGCAGAAAUUUUGGAAGUAUAGUGGAGGAUAGCUCUUUUGCUGUGUUAUA